GCCAUUCCGAGCGAUGGAUCCCUAUACUGCCAAACUGCCAGUGUGGUAGCCCAUGGGGAUCUUCAUCCUUCUUCGCUUGCAUGUCCUACCGUAAUACUCUCAUCACUCGCUGCUUCACUGUCUCUUGUCUCUGUCUCUCUUUCGUGAUCGCUGCAAUUGCCAAGCCUGCUGUUGACCACGUCCAAAAGGGGGCCAGCUUCAAGGCCAAAUCCACUCGCAGGCAGGCACAACUCUUGACCUUGGUGUGCUGUUCUUGUGUGUGUGCGGCGCUGCGCCAUUACCCUCCAGCCCGCCGAUAUCUCCGGAUAUACACAAGCCCCUUCUUGCAGCAACUUACCCACAUGUCCACCACACCCACAUCUAUUCCGUGAUGGCCAAGAAGGCACGUCAAAGAAUCAGCUACGUUCUCGAACGCGCCGACAAACAGGCCGGAGGCCACAAGCUCGGUGUCAAUGGCCUCGCUGUCAACCGCGACCAGUCAAUCCUCUACUCCGGAGGUCGCGACGGUACCGUGUGCGCAUGGGACCUGAACCUCGAUCUGAAUGGCAAGGGCCUCUCCUCCACGACCGACUCGACGUCCAACGACGCCUCAAAGUCCAACAACACCACCAAGUUCCGAGCCCAGACACUCGCACAUACCAAUUGGAUCUGCGAUAUCGCUCUGGCCCAGAAUAACGCCGCCGUCAUCACUGCCUCCCAGGACCAGAUCGUCAAGCUGUGGAGGCCACACGCAAACCAGAACGACGAACCUCACAAGAUCGGAGAACAUGCCGACUAUGUCAAGUGUGUCGCAUCGCCGGGGCAGCAGUCCUCCUGGGUUGCCACCGGCGGUUUUGAUCGGAAGGUGUAUUUGUGGGACCUGAAUGGCGGCGGCAAGACCCUCGAGAUCGACACCAAAGGCGAGGAGGUUCCAGAGAAGGGCUCGGUCUACUCGCUCAGCACCACCGAGAACAUGCUGGCCUACGGCGGGCCCGAGUCCAUCUUGCAUCUCUGGGAUCCCAGGGCUGGGAAACGAAUCACCAAGUUCCGCGGCCACACGUCUAACAUCCGCUCUAUAUUGCUUAGCGCCGCCGGCGAUAUGGUCAUGACAGGCAGCGCGGAUCAGACAGUCAAGGUCUGGAGCAUCACUGCGGGUCGCUGUAUGCACACCCUCACCAUGCACAACGACAGUGUCUGGUCGCUCUACUCAGAGGACCCCGAGCUCUCCGUCUUCUACAGCACCGACCGCUCUGGCUUGAUCGCAAAGACUGACGUGCGGGGGACCAUGGGUGAGAUGGACGAGGGCCUCUCCCUCGCCGUCGCUCAAGAGCAUGAUACGGUAUUCAGAGUAGUGGCAGCGGGCGACUACAUGUGGACGGCCACACAGAGGUCAUCCAUCAACCGCUGGCAUAGCAUCGACACAGGGGCCGAUAUCCCUCUGCCGGAACCUUUCAAACAACAACGAGCCUCGAUCGCAGCCAAUCUGCCGCCCUCGAAAUCAUCCCUGGUUGCUAAUGGCAAACCCAAGGAAAUCCCAGCAAGGUCCAUCCUCAGGAUAUCCAACACAGCGAGACUCCCCGCGCCGGAGCUUUCCCCGGGUGCAGAUGCUGACACACAAACGAUCGAGUCUGUUGUCAAUGUUUUGGAGCCCAUACAGCACGUACCAGAGGAGACAAUUGAGGGUCUCUUUGGCCUGGUCAAGCAUCGCUUACUGGCUGACAAGCGGCGGGUACUUACUCUGGACACGGCGGGAGACGUUCUGCUGUGGGAUCUAAUACAGUGUAAACCAGUCCAGAGCUUUGGAAAGAAGCACCUUGAGGAUGUGGAGCCCCUGGUUAAUAGCCUCGAGAACGUGUCACCCUGGUGUUCGGUCGACACCAGCUCUGGAAAUCUCACCGUCGUCUUGGAACCCUUCAACUGCUUUGACGCAGAGCUUUAUGCCGAUGAGCUGGUCUUGGAUGAGCCUGUCGAUUUCAGGGAAGAUCAAAGAAUCAACCAUGGGAAGUGGAUCCUGAGGUAUCUCUUCUCAAAACUCAUCGAUGAAGAGAUCAGGCGCGACGAGGCCCAUCGCGCCAAGUUGAACGAGACGGUCGAGAAGAAUAUCGCAGCAGCGAAGACGAGACCUCCGAUCAGCGUCGUAAUUCCUACCUUCCCAAACUUUGACCAGGCGGUUGAGUCCCCCAUGACUCCUAGAGCUAAUGGCUCGCAAUACCCACCGAUGACACCAGGCAUGGGCAUCGGGAUGGCUACUCCGGGUCUCCCUGGGGUCAAGGAGGAAGGUGUGGACAAGAGGACAUCUUCAGCCAGUCGACCGUCCCAGGAAAGGGAAGACUAUUUCACCAAUGCGAUAGUGUCAGCGGACGCCAACCAGGCUGCCAAACCUGCGACGACCCCAGCUGAACAGCCGGCCGAAAAUGGCAAAGACAAUGACAAGGAGAAGGAGAAAGAGAAGGAAAAGGAAAAAGACAAGGGCGACGCCAAGCAGCCCAGCACGCCUUUCACCAAGAAGUUCCGUAUGAACAUGACAUUCGGCACCAAAAAGCUUGGACGAUCGGCCUCAUCAACAGCAACAGAUAAGCCAGCAAUCACAGAGGAGAAAACAGCGGAAUCAGAAUCAUCAUCGAAUCAUGAACCGGAGAAGGAGUACGACGACAACUUCCUCGGCGUGGUCGAAAAGAUCCAGGAUGAGUAUGCGAAGCAAUUGAUCGAUAGUCCAGAAAAAGUCAUCGAGACAAGAGUGACGCCGAGCCUCACCAAUGAAACACCGGUGCUCAAGCUACCAGCAGGGACAAAGGUGAUCAUCCAAGAGGAGACUUCGGGGGGCAGUGCGGAACUAUACCGCGGGACGAUCGAGACGGUCGGCAUCGACGCCGAUAUCAUUGAGAAGUGUGCGCCGCAGUGGCUCGGCGAGGUACUACUGCUCAACACUGUUCCACAGAAGGAGCCUGUGAAGGUGUCGUUCGUUUUGAACCCGUGGCCAGAUUCGGGAUUACCCAGCCUUACGUCUGCGGAUGGAAACAAUCGCCUGAACGCCAACAAGAUGCUUCGCGUGAAGAAGAUCUUGGCGUACGUGGCGGAGAGGAUCGAUCCCACCUUUGAGCAGCCGGAAAACGACGCAGAACCCAACCCCGAUGUGAUGAAGGCCGAGGAGUACCUCGAGCUCUACUGUAACGAGCAGCUCCUGCCAAUCAACAUGACCCUUGCAACCCUGCGUGCUUACAUAUGGAAGGGCGGUAACGACGUUGUUCUGUACUACAAGGCCAAUGGAAAGAAGGAGAUCCCGUUGCCACCGCCUGAGCAGCCAGCAGCUCCGGAGGAAGAGAAUCCGGCACCUGCUCCUCUUGCCAGUGAAGGUUUGGCUGGGCAAGCUACCGCAGCCGCAGAAGCUUAGAUGCAUGAUCUGUUGCACGGCUCGGCGAUGGGAUUUAACUGGCAUGAGCGCAUCCUGGGUGGAGGUGACUCUAUUCUUCGGCCUGUCUAUAGGGGUAUCUUCUUCGAUAGACCAUUUGGGUCUUGGUACAUAAUGUACAUAGUGGCGGAGCGAUUUUCUUUGAGAAGAUCUCGGGGUUUAAUGUUGAUGCCCCUGGCGCUUUCGACUGCUCAACCCAAAUGCGCGCACGCGCAUGUUCCGAGGUGCGAGCGAGCAUCUCGCCCUGGGACAUGGCCCAGCUGUCCUGUGCACUGCCGCCCUCUCCUGGGACCCUUGGAUGGCGGAUGCUCGUUUGUGGCCUCUGCCCAGGCCCACCGUAGCAGACAUGUUUCCAUCUUACAGUCUCCAAUAUCCUCAAGGUGAAGUGGACUCGGCUCUUCUUACCGUGCCACGCUCGAGGGAGUUGAUGACCCACUGGUAACUACCCAGGAACACGGCACCGCCAAUGCUGAUCCACAUGACCCUCGGGCCGAUGCCCGCAAAGAAGGGCCGCACACCGUGCUGCCGCAGGAUACCCGUGACGAUGUCCCAGACCCUCUGGCGCUCGGUGCUCAACAUGACCCUGGUCUUGAGCACGUCGAGCGGCGUGGUGACCGCGGCGGCCACACCGCCAGACACACUGCCGUACAGCGCGGACUCGGCGGCGCUGACGUCUGCCGUGCUUGUUGUCCCCGCCGCACCGCCACCACCAGCGCCGCCCUGGCUCUUCCUGGCGCGCGAGUACGACUUCAUGGCCUCCCACAGCGGGAACUGGAUCACGGUGAAGGGCACCUCGCGCAGGAUGGUGAUGCCCCACCCGCGGUAGAGCUCGCGCCACACGCCGGGCAGCCCGACCUCUGCGCGCCGCGCCAGGAUGGCCCGCAGGCUCGACAGCGAGGAGCCGCCGUGCUGGCCCGCCUGGGCGCGCUGCUUGACGACCUCGGUGGGCACGCGGACGGCGCAGGCGGCGACCUCGCCCAGGGACGCGGCGAGCAUGUGGUCCACCGCCCCACCACCACCACCACCACCACCGCCAGCCCGCCGCGCCUCGGCCAGCGCCGACUUGGUCGCCUCGUACGUGCAGAAGAAGAAGGCGGCGCCGGGCGCGGACCCGAGGGCCGCGGACCCAACGCCCCGGUAGAUGCCCCUGAACCCGCCCGAGGCGAAGAAGCCCUCCGAGGACUGCAGGCGCGUCUUGAGCGUGUCGAGGGGGAAGAGGGCCAGGUCGACCGUCGUGCCGGCGGCGCCGCCUGCGAGCAGGGCGUGGGUGAAGGGCGGGUUGGCCGGGGAGGAGGACAUUUUGGGUGAGCGGCUGCUUCGCCUUUUUUUCUUUUCUUCUUCUUCUACUUCUUUGGGGGCAGUUUCUCGGGGGGGGGGGGGGUCAAUUGGCAGGUUCGCAGGUCGGAGACGA